GCGAGAAAGCAAGUAUUAAUAUCGAAUUACUCAUCCCGACGUGCUUCAUUGCCAUCUAUAAAUCUCUUGUUUGCUUGAUGGAUUUGGUGAUGAAUUUGGAUUCAUCAUGGACUUUGUCCAAAAUCUAUUGUUAUUGUUUGUUUGAUGCAUUUAGUGACAACAAAUCCGUGGGUCUCACGAACUUUAAGGGUUCAAAUCUGUGGACCCCAUGGAUUUGAAAUUUUCACCUAUUUAGGUGGAAAUUGAUCAUGGACUUUGAAGUCCAUCAUUUAAGACCAAACUACCCCUCCUAUUUCAUUUCUCUUCUCAUACAAAUGAGAAUAAUAAAGGCAAAUUUCACUUCAUACAUACAAAUUUAUUUAACCAAUUCCAUCAUGUAUUCUCCGAAACAAACAAUGUAAUUUUUCAAGUACAUGAUGUACCCAAAACCCUCAUAUAUCCAUGGUCUUACAAAACCCAAAUUUUAUCAAAACCUUUAUUUUUCGAAUACACAAAACAAACGACUCCUAAGACUGAUUGAGCUUAGAAAGUUUUUUUUUUGCCAUUCAAUCACUCUCAUAGAGAGGAAAGAUAAGAUCAAAACAGAGUUAUUACAAACUACGAAGCCAAGACACAAAGUCGAACCUUGCUAGAAGUCAAGGUGACAAAAUCAGGAAUUUCCUGGCCACUAAAUGAGCUUCCCUGUUACGAUCCCGUCCCACAAAACACAAGACAAAGUUACAUCCACGCUAAAUGAGCUUAGAAAGGGUUCCCAUCAAGGUUGUCAAACCGGUUUAAGUCAUUGAGCCGGUCAAGCAAGGGGUUUGAGGUUUAAUGGUCUGAUCGGGGUCCGGCCGGUUUGAGCCGUUUUAGACGUUUUCUAAAUAUAUAUACAAAUAAAGUAGUAAUUAAAAAUUUAAUCAGUGAAAUAAAAUUUAUCUUACAUAUAUCUAUUAAAAACUUAUUUUCAACAAAAUAAAUCUACCUAACCUUCAUGAUCCACCUACCAUUUCCCUUCCUUCGUUCCUUUUCCUCUCUUCUGCCUCUCUUCUUCUCCCUGUUUAGGGGUCCAACCGGGGGUUCGAUAGGGGGUUAACAACCUUGGUUCCCAUAACUCUUUUCUUGGGAGUCAUAAAAGCCCGCCCCUAGCCGCCACAGUCCAGCCCACAAGGGAAACGGAAAACCGGCUCAAAGAAGUCUUCUUUUGCGUUCCUCUCAUUCUCAACACUCGGGAUCAAAUAGUAACGGAAGGGGAAAGAAGCGGGGACUGCGGUUUUCUCGUCCUCACCGUAUCUGCGAUUUCUCCUUCUCGCCAGGUGACUCUCACGAAAAUUUGCUUGCGCUUUCUUGGCAGCGUCAUGUUCGAUUCAGCGAAGAUUUUGAUUUGUCAUUUCCUUCUGUUUCAAGUUUUAGUGCGCUGCCGGUAGUCUUCCAAGGGUCCUGUAUCUGUUUUUUUUCUUUUUGGCAUCGUCCUCUUGAGGGUUUGUCGAAAGGCGAAGUCUUUUGUUUAAUAUGUUAGAAUCUCGAAGCCUCGAGUGAGCUUCAGAUAGCUGAUGGGAAGUGUUGGCUGAAUAUGUGUUCUGGCUAUAUUGGGUAUUGGGGGUUUUUUUGGUUGGAGGCUUGUUUAACCUUUUGUUUCUUCUCGUUUUCACAGAUUUCAUCGACAAAAUGUCUCGUGUUUACGUGGGUAACUUGGAUCCUCGGGUUAGUGAGCGUGACCUUGAAGACGAGUUCCGGAAAUUCGGUGUGAUCAGAAGUGUUUGGGUUGCCCGACGACCUCCAGGUUAUGCCUUUAUCGACUUUGAUGACAAAAGGGAUGCUCAAGAUGCUAUUCAUGAGUUGGAUGGUAAAAAUGGAUGGAGAGUCGAGAUGUCCCACAAUUCAAGAGGUGGCGGUGGUGGUAGAGGUGAAGGUGGUAGAGGUGGAGGCCGGUUUGGAGGUUCAGAUUUGAAGUGCUAUGAGUGUGGGGAGCCAGGUCAUUUUGCACGUGAAUGCCGCUCGCGUGGUGGUUCAGGAAGAAGACGAAGCCGCAGUCCUAGAUACCGAAGGAGUCCCAGUUAUGGCCGAAGGAGUUACAGUCCUCGAGGAGGAAGAUCCCCUAGACGCCCUAUUGAUUCACCCCGCCGCAGCAUCAGCAGGUCACCACCACCAUACCGUGGGCGUGAAGAGGCACCACCCUAUACCAAUGGCAAUGGUCUGAGGGAAAGACGCCGGAGCAGGAGUUAGAUAUUUUACUAUCAGUGUUUCAGUGAGAGCUAAAUGGAUUAGACAUGUUUAUUGUGUUUGCGCUUCACUACUACUAUGUUGGGCUCUGCAUCUCGGACUUGGAUAAGUUUCCUUCUUAUACAGUCACUCAGGUUUUUGUUGGUUUUUCAUAUUUUGAAGUAUCUGUAGGGAGUCGUACUAGUUAUUUGAGUUGAAUUGUUCCUUAUUGUGGUGCUAAAGACUCUGCUUUUCUUUUGUGUUGAGGUUUCGUCUGCCAUCUGCUUCUGCUUCUGCUUCCAAUCUCCCGUUGGUUGUGUGCUUCUACACUUCCAGUUUCAUUCUCCACUGCCCCUGCAUUUGGGAUCUUCGAUUUUGAAUGGUUGGGGUUCUGCGGUACUUACUUGUGUAGAUGCUUCUGUUUGAUUGAACUCUCCCGGCUAUGAUGCGACGCCCUCAAUUUCUAUUGGGAUGCCCCUUGUUUAGAAGUUUCUCUUUGAUUGAACUCUCCCUGCUAUGUCGUGACGCCCUCAAAUUCUAGUGGGAUUGCUCUGCUCACAAAUUCUAUUGGGUUCUAUUGAGUUUAACUUAAAAGAGGGCUGCUUCAAACUCUUCUGUCAGGUACUUGCAUCUGUUCCUGGAAGUUGAAAGUUUAGAGGUGUUGAGUUGAUGGUCUUAACUCUUAAUAUAACUUUAAAUAAGAAAGGCAAGCAAUUUGAUUCUUGGGUUUUAAGAGCCACUUCAAAGCAAAUCCCCCUUUCGGUUUUCAUGUACUAAGGCUUGUUCCAUGAAGUUUGGGUCAGUUUAUAUGCCAUAAUCUUGAAGCAUGAUAAAGUCUUUGAAAACGCCAAUGAAAUGUUUCUGUGUUCUUCACCGUUGAAAUAUUUCAUUUGAUUUCAUACAUCUUUAUAUAGCCUCCUCCAAGCUUUCUGUGCAUGAUACACAAAUAGAUGCAUCUUUGAUUGAAAUUGUGUUCAAGUGCUGACGAUUCCAAGUUUGUCCUCCGUGUUGAAGUGGUUCUUCACUCAUCAUGUGCCGAGGACCUUGGACUACCUCUUCCAAAAGAACGAACUUCAAUCGAGAAUCUAAUGUGUCCUUAGCUGCUUCGAGAGGCUAUUUUUCUUCCAAGUGGUCCAGCCAUCCUAGCCUCUCUGAAGCCUUGGCUGGUGCCUGGCUUAUAGCCACUGCUCCUUUAGAAAAAGAGCAGAAUACUACACUUGUUGCAGGUAAGUCUUUUUGUGGAAUUGGUCACAUCUUUUUGUUGUUGUCUUAGCUUGAGGUAUUGUGCAACUCAGCUUUAUCUACCUAGCUCUACAUAUCUUGUCUGCUGAGAAUUGCUGUGUCGUGAAGACGAUUAUGCUAUACACUGGUCUGUACUUCGGGUAUAAACUCACGAAUGAGUGGUUAUCUUCCUGCUCGUACAUAACUAGUCUCCUUGCAGGACCUUGGGAGGCACGCAAUCUUUUGAUUCUGUGAUACAAUGGUGGUGAAUGAAUUUUUUGCUUGUAAGAUGUGGAUUCCCUUUUCUCGAGCUGUCUGUUGAACUGAGAAUCUUCGUUCGAAUAGAAUUGCAGAUUUAGAUGGUCAGCGAUGGUGAUAUGCUUCUGUGUUUUAGCAUAACAUGCCACUUUUCUUUGUGACGAUGUUACUGUCCGAUUGAAAUGUUUGGGAAGUGACGAAUUCCAUGGUCGAGACGUAUGGUAUAAUGGGUUUAUUAGGUUGGGAAUUCGUCCAACUAUGUAUGCUUUGUUUGUAAACGUGCCAUUUCGUUCAACUCUUCAUCCUUCAUCUCCAUUAAUUCACCCUUUUCGAUUAAGCUUCAGCCUCAACUCUCAACCGUUACCUAGGCCGUUGCCUCUAGUCCGUUUUGUGUCUUCCAUUCUUGUUGCAAGGCGCGAGGGUAGGAUGAAAUUGUCGAAUUCAGAAAACGGUGAGGACAAAUGUGAGUCUAUCUCCAGAAACCUUGAUUCUAACCAUCGUCAAUCUCAACUUUGCGAUUCAGUAUCAAAUCGAUCGCAAUGCAAGCUCGCGCUGUUACUAGAUGAUCAUGGAAGCAAGCAUACCAAUCAUGCUACUCCUGAUGAUGUUGCUUGAUUAGCAUUCAACCUGAAACUGAUGGUAGCUAGCCAAACCGAAGUGUGGGCCGUCUGAGUCCACGGAGCCCACAGAUAAAUCGAAGCCCGGCCC